UUUUUUUAAUGCUUAUACUAAAAACGUAAAUGAAAGUCAGUUGCUAUUCAAUAUUAGUAUAGAAGCAUUAUGUUUUUGUUAAAUAUAUUUUCUUUGCUUUUUAUUCUUUAUAAUCAAGCACAUUGGUUAUCGUCUCUUCUGACGGAGCAGUAUGUUUCCUCUUUAGCAUGCAACUUAACUCAUACUACAAUAUUAUCAAUGAUUAAGAAUUUCAAUCCAGAUGAAAAUAUUCUACAGAAACUAAAAAAAGUACCAGAAGAGGUUGAUUUUAUUGUAGUUGGAGCAGGAUCAGCUGGAUGUGUCCUUGCCAGUCGAUUAUCAGAAAACAAAAGUUGGAGUGUACUUUUGCUCGAAGAAGGUGGAGAGGAACCUUUAAUAGCCAGUAUACCAGCAUAUUACCUAACUAAUAUAAAUUUACCAUUUGCUAAACAUUAUAAAACAGUGACAAAUGGCGAAUUUUGUUUAGCAAAUAAUGGAUGUUUGUGGCUUGCUGGCAGAGUAAUGGGUGGUUCAAGUUCGAUAAAUGGAAUGAUAUACGUCAGAGGUAAUAAAGAUGAUUAUAACAACUGGGCCAGUUUAGGAAAUUCAGGUUGGAGUUUUAAUGACGUAUUACCUUUUUUUAUAAAAUCAGAGGACAAUAGAGAUGAAGAUAUCGUAAAAUUAAAUCCAGGUUAUCAUGGAACUGGAGGAUAUCAAUCAAUUCAAAGAAUGCCCUAUGUGGAUAAAACUUCAAGACUUAUUCUUAGAGCUUUUAGAGAGCUUGGUUACAAUAAUACAGAUUUUAAUGGGGCAAAUCAAUUCGGAUCAAUGCAAAUGCAAUCAACAUCAAAAGAUGGUUCACGAGCAAGUACAAAUGUUGCUUUUCUUCGACCAAUAAGAGAGAAGCGAUUAAACUUAUUAAUAAGAACUAAUGCUCGAGUAAUGAAAAUUAUGAUCGAUACGGAAACAAAAAGAGCAAUUGGUGUAGAAUUUAUAUCAACAAAAACAGGAGCCACAAAAGUGGUGAUGGCAAGAAAGGAAGUGAUUUUAUCUGCAGGUACCAUUGAAUCUGCAAAAUUAUUAAUGCUCUCUGGAAUAGGUCCUCAGGAUGAACUUCAAAAACACGGUAUUAACGUCGUACAAAAUUUAUCCGUUGGACAAAAUCUUCACGAUCAUGUGUCCUUCGUGGGAAUUAAUUACCAAAUUAGAGAAUUAACGAAGUAUCCAAAUUGUUUAACACGUCAGUUACAUUUAAACGAAUAUCUAAAAUUCAAGAAAGGCCCACUUGCUUCUGUAAAUCCUAGUCAUACCAGUGCUUUCGUCCAAACUGAAAGUGAACAAAAUUCAUCAGCUCCUAAUAUAAUGAUAGAGUUCGUUCCAAAGGCAUUUGACAUUAAUUCACCCCUUUAUUACAAUGAUUUUCUCCAAGGACCAAAUUUGAUGGCACCGAGAAGUAGAGGUUUCCUUAAACUAAAUGAAACCGAUCCUGUAUGGGGCGAUCCGAUAAUUAAUCCUGGAUAUUUUUCAAAUGAAAUAGACAUGAAUCAAUUAAUGGAGGGAAUUCGUAUUUGCUUGAAAAUAAUGAAUACGACAGCAUUUAGGGAUAAUAAUAUUGUUAUUAAUGAAACACCUUUGGCAGGUUGUGAGCAAUUUCAAUUCAAUAGUAAUGAUUAUUGGCAAUGUUUGGCUAGGCGAAACACGCAACCGUACUAUCAUUAUGUUGGAACUUGUAAAAUGGGUCCAAAGAAUGAUUCGAAUGCUGUGGUGGAUUCUAGACUACGCGUUUAUGGAAUUAGAGGUUUGCGCGUUGUUGAUGCUUCUAUAAUGCCAGUUAUACCUAGAGCGAAUACAAAUGGACCAACAAUUAUGAUUGCUGAAAAGGCCAGUUCGAUGAUCAGAGAAGACUGGAUGUGAUUUUAAUUUUUUCAUAAAAAAUUUGUUAAUUUAUAUUAAUGUUUUCGCAGUGAAUUUAUA